GCUGGUUAUCCGAUUAGGUGGUCUCUUGCAUCUGAUGAUGUUCCAUUCUCACACGACUGAUUAAAGCAUUAUUGAUCGACAGGCGUAUACAAGGACACACAAAACUACACUUCCGUAAUUCCUUCUAUCCGUGUUGUCUAGAAGUUAUCCGGCUAUGUAUACCUUGGAUAAAGCGCCUACACACUCAUCUCAUCUGCCUCCUUUGACCGGACUAAACGGAAGCACUACAAACACAGCAGUCGCCAAUGCAAACGCCAACGUCACAACCAAUGGUCACAACAACGGUUCGAGUGUAAAUUCAACAGGCACUACCUCUUUCUGCGUGGGAGCCAGUAACAAUAAUCUGAAACCAACCUUGAACAUCACUCAGCUGUACGAGGAUCGACAGCAUCGCCACUACGGAGAUAACGCAUCCAUAGCCACCAGUAAUUCUACUGCGCAGCUUCAUUUACCCAGUGUGUCGCUCGGGCCAACAAAUCCUUCCACCACCGGUUCAGGAGCCCGCUCAGGUGCAUCUGGUAUAAAACCCGGGAUCGGGUCACCUGGUCAUCAAUGCAACAAAAUGGAUAAUCACAGUAGCUCGUUGAAGAUUCGCAACCGAGCUGCAGCAGGUGGAGGCGGCGGUGGUGGUGUCAUAGGUGGCACUCAUACCAGCAUAUCGAACAGCGGUGUACAACCAAUCUCCCUUGGUCCUGGAGAUAUAAACAACACAGCUUCGCAUUUGACUGGGGGCAGCUGUGUGUCUGUUCCCAACACGUUUUCUGCCCACCUUAACGGAGCCGGUCUCACACCAGAAAUGGCCAUGAAGUUAUAUGUUCACAAGCUCAGUGUCUUUGAACACCACGAAAUAUUUAGCUAUCCUCACAUUUAUUUCGUCGGGCAUAAUGCGAAAAAACGCGCCGGUGUGGUUGGGGCUCCGAAUAAUAGUGGAUACGAUGAUGAACAGGGAUCCUAUCUAAAUACUGCUCAUGAUCACGUGGCUUACCGCUAUGAGGUGUUGAAAAUUUUGGGCAAGGGUAGUUUCGGACAAGUGGUUAAAGCAUACGAUCACAAAACUGGCACUUAUGUAGCAUUAAAAAUGGUUCGAAAUGAGAAGCGCUUCACUCAUCAGGCCGCCGAGGAAAUACGCAUUCUGGAAUUGCUGAAACAGCAAGACAAGGAUAACACUCGCAACGUGGUUCACAUGCUGGAAAAUUUCACGUUCCGCAAUCACGUGUGCAUGACAUUUGAACUUCUAAGCAUGAACUUGUAUGAACUGAUUAAACGAAGUAAAUUUCAAGGUUUUCCUCUCCAGCUCGUACGGAAGUUUGCGCACUCCAUUCUCGUGUGUCUCGACAUGCUUCACCGGAAUAAAAUUAUCCAUUGUGAUCUGAAACCGGAGAACAUUCUUUUGAAACAACAAGGUCGAAGUGGUAUCAAAGUGAUCGAUUUCGGUUCCAGCUGUUUCGAAAGUCAGCGGAUAUAUACCUAUAUACAGUCGCGAUUCUAUCGAGCUCCGGAAGUCAUACUUGGAUUUAAAUACGGAACAGCUAUCGAUAUAUGGAGUUUCGGAUGUAUCUUAGCCGAACUUUUGACAGGCGCUCCCUUAUUUCCCGGAGAGGAUGAAGGAGAUCAAUUGGCUUGUAUCAUUGAACUGCUAGGAAUGCAGCCUCAGAAGCUCUUGGAUCAAUGCAGAAGAGUGAAACACUUCUUCUCGACAACUCAUGGCUAUCCAAGAUAUUGUAUGGCAACUGACUCCGAGGGCCGUGUUGUACUCCGACCAAGCAAGAGUAAAAGGGGAAAAAUUAGGGGCACCCCGGGUAGCCGGUCUCUUGUCACAGCUCUAGGUGGUUGUGAAGAUACCACGUUCUUGGACUUCCUACGAAGAUGUCUUCAAUGGCUUCCGGAGGAUCGGAUGACACCCCGUGAAGCAUUUCGUCACGAGUGGUUACGAAGGCGAUUGCCAAAGCCCCCGGGCAACACCACUUCAGCAGCCUCGGCUGUCAACACCUGGACUGGUGCCGGCCAUAUAGCUCAACCAUGUGCAGCAGCAGUUGCUGCCACAGCAAACACCCUGACAACACUUACUUUGAAUGCUUCUGUUAGUAUGCCCACAUUUGGAACCAUCGCAGGUACUCUGCCAACGUCUACGACUAAUGGCACCGCAGCUCCCCGAGGACCCCGUCCACCGAAAACUCCUCCUUGUGAAAAUCAAUCCCCACAUAUACCACCUUCGACCUCAACCACUUCCACAAAGCCUGCCCCUUGCUAUCCAUCUUCGACACAACAGACCAACGGAAACCCGUCUAUGGUAAAGUCUGUCAGCCAAGCUCUCGGAACCGCAGCUACAACUGAGCUUCCCGUAGCCGAAUUGGACAAUCUUCAUGAAGCUGAUUCCCAUCAGGACGCAGGAGAUCGACAGAGACCAACAGAUGAAUCGGGGACGACAGCCGAUCCGAUCAAACGGCUAUAGGGUCUGAGAAAAACAGUCAAAACACACAAGUGUCUGAGAAAUGUUUGUGUUAGUUCUGUUCAAGCCAAACAUGGGACUAUGAACUCACACACAUGAUCAUGCAGCGUAUUUGAGUUGUUUACUAUCUUUUACCUUGUGUCUUUCAGUUAUUCGGCCCGAUCCAAUAGGCUUUAUAUGAGAAAACCCACAUUCCAGUCGGCAACCGAAAACCUGCGCGCGUGUACACACAAACGCACAAACACACAGACUAUGGUAAUAUUGUGCCUCAUUAACUCCUGUUCACAUCACUUCGGAGUUGCUGUGAUAAUGUGCGCGUAGCAUUGGUCUUAUUGUCUUUCCUUUAGUUUGCAGUUUUCUUUGGACUAGUUACAUUUUAAGUUCAAAUUACUCAUCAGAGAAAGAUACAGAGACAGUGACACACCUACGUCUUUCGUUUCAGGUCCUGUGAAUCCAAAUUUAAAGGCUCUUAUUCGUCUUAGGUAUCCCUGCUACCUUGCUUAGCCAUUCAGGUAUCAAAGUGGUUGCUCAUGUCGUACCCGUUUCAAACCGUCUUCCUUUGCUCAGCCCCAUCCUUCCGCCUUGUGAAAUCCACUCACAGUGAUCAAACCAAAUUUUUCAGCGUGGAUUUAUUGUAUCCUUGCUGACUCACAAUCAGCUUACCACCAGUCCUGACGACAAUCAGUGCAAAAACAGUAGUAUAUCGCUGUCUUCUGAGUCCCUCAUUCCACAUAAUUUUUAACAACAAUCCACUUCACGUCUAGUCUCACUACAAGGAAACGGUACAUUUUGAUCCCAUACAUGUGCCAGUUUACCUCUUCUAUUCCCAGAGUGAAAGUGUAUGUUUCCAGGUGACACAUGCCUUCUUCUGGUGACUAUUUUUUCUACCAGCUGCAUGCAGCCCCUUUACACACACACAUUCCAAAAAACAUCGGUUCCUAGUACAAGAUCAAUCCACAAGCGUUCGAGAAAUCAACACCUUCUCAGGUCAGAUGAAAGAACCAACGUGUACAUUCCCAAAGAGAUGUGCUCAUGUCCAUUCCCGCUUGUUGGAGGAUUUGGUCCAGCCAGUUGGCGUGAGUAACAUCCUCCUGUAUAUGAGACGAAAUCCCCACCUACCAUUUCCAUUCCCCAGUCCCACUCCCCGUCCCAUCCCACGUGUCAUUCGUGGUACCACCAGUGCUUUCAUUUCAUUGGUUCGUCCCAAAUCUCCCCUCCCCACAUCGGUUUUUCCCAACCCCAACCCCUCAUCCCGAGUAAAAUAAUUUUGGUUUUGUAUCUGGUGCUCGAAAAAAUAGCAAGCUCUAUGUAUGUACCAAUAUGUCUCUGUAGUAGUAUGAGUCUUGAGUUUCUUG